GCAGGAAUUAUAGGGAGGGGGUCAGUGCUUUCAGUCUUCUCACGCCACUGCUGUGCUGAAUUAUUGGCUUACCAGUAUAAAUAGUUAUACCAUGUAAUUGAAAUGUGUAUAGACAUGCUACACAUUCAGAUUACAUCACGUAUGACGUACAGCAACUGCUCACAUACGGUAAGAGUCAGGUUGGAAAUCCUUACCACAAUCAUGCAACUAUAGUGAAAACGAAGCCAUAAUUAACCACAGAAAUUCCUGCAGGCAUAGAGACUUUAACACGUGAUUAUAAUUAUUCCUUCGCAAAAAUAAGUGUUGUUGUUGAAGGUUGAAGUUUCACGACUAUAUAGGUCUCUGUCUCCUCUAUAGAUAUGGCCACACAAGCAACCAUCAACCAUUGUCCUGGGUACUUGUCAUUACAAGAAAAAUUUGAAGCAUUGGUGUCCACAUUCAAAGCUCAACCUGCUGCAUACGCUGAUACCCUCUUCUCCAAUGGCUACAUACCAGAUGAAGUUCUCGAGUACACUAGACUGAACGGAGUAUUGGACUCAGAAAAGUCUCGGAAGAUUUUAGAUACCUUGAUCCACCGAAUCGAGCUUAAUCCCAGUGUUUUCCACGGAUUUAUCGCUGCCAUUGCAAGCCCUUCUACUGACGAUGUUGUCAAGAAGCUACUGGAUACUUACAAGCGUCACAGUACUGUAAUAAGCCAUGUCAAACAGCCACAUCUCUCUCAACCCACACACCAGCACCCUCCACCUGAGGCUCCAAAGUCACUCAGCUUUCCUUCCCUGGAUACCUCUAGCCUAGGUGAAGAUGACAGACUUGAGCUGGAAGAGCAUCUGAAAGCUGAUACAAGGAAAAUGGUAACGAGAUUUGCAGCAUUUACUCUAAUUAUCAAAAGGUCAUUUGAAAAUCAGCAUAUCCCAUUUAAAGAUUCUGUUCUCAGCUUGGAAGCUUUCAACGACAACAUUGGAGUGAAAGUACUUGAUCCAGAUGAUAAGCAAAAGAUAGAAGAUGCCAAAACUUUAUCCGAAUUGUUAUUACUCUUCGUAAUUACAUAUCUUUCUUCAAUUAUGAGAUAGUACAGUACUUAAUCGAGCUGUUGGGAUCGACUGACGAUCAGAAACAACUGCAUGAGUAUUGUUCUGCGCUUAAUCAGUUCUGCCAAAGAAAUGUAUUUGAAGUUCCUUGCGAAGUUUUCUCCUCAAAAUCUCGCAGCCAAGCAGCUGUGUUUGUCCUCAAGUGUACAGAGCAUUACGCCACACUAGAAUAUGUACAAGGAUUGAAGUAGAGAAUUGCUGAAACACUUGGUCUACGAGCAGCAGCGCUACAGCUAUGUUCAGUCAAAAAAGGAUGUGUGGAGCUGCACCUUCUCAUAUCUAUGGCUGUUGCCAAGUGCAUCUUCCCAGUUUCCACUACAGUACAAGCAGGUCUUACGGAGAUGAGUGUCAAAAUUCUCACCUGUGACAGUACAGAUGGCAUGGAACAAAAUCUGAGCAAAGUCCAACUGGAAUGUGUUGGAGAUAUGGUGAAGACGUCUAAACACAAAAGAAUGGCCCAACUAGCUAUAGAAUCUAAAGCAGACACUACUAUAAAUACUGCCUUGAAAAGAGAGUCACAGCUAAAGGCAGCUGACACUCAUGGACUCGGCCAGAGGAAGCUGGAUCGUGUGAUCAGUGGAGUGAAUAGGCCUAGUGGUAUAGCGAUCAACAGCAAGGGCCAGAUUGUUGUUAGUGAGAUGGGUCAUCCCAAAAUCAGUGUGUUCGAAACGACUGGAGUCAAGAUUCAAUCAUUUGGAACAAAAGGAACUAGCAAAGAACAAUUUGUUUUCCCAGUAGGUGUUGUUGUUGAUACAAAGGAUAACAUUUAUGUUUUUGAUCAACAUAAUCGUUAUAUUCAGAAGUUUUCACCAGAAGGACACUUCCUGUCAUCGGUUGACUCCAUGGGUAGUGGCAGGCUUUCGUUACGUCACUCAACAAGUUUAGCCUACAACAAGAACAAAGAUUUGAUCUAUGUUAGUGUAAUUUCCAAAAUCCAAGUAUUCACAUCUGACCUUUCCUUUCACAAGACUUUUCAAACAGGUUCUUUCUAUCCAAACUGUUUGUGUUGCGAUGAUUCGGGUUAUUUGUACAUGGCUAAUUCAAAUACAGUGCAAGUGUUCACUGCUGAGGGAGAGUUAAUUGUCCGCAAGUUCGAUUCUUCAGAAAAUCUUCCUGGUCAACGGAGCUUUUUGAAGGGCUUUGCAAUCAAUGAUGGUGUAUUAUACACAUAUUCGAGCAAUGGUCUUAUAUCCAUGUUUACAGUAACUGGGGAUAUUGUUGGAUCAUUUGAGGUGCAAGGUUUUAGUAAUGGAUGUGUACCGCAAUGGACACGUAAAGCCAUAGCUGUUAAUGGCAAUGGGACAAUCUUUUUAGUUGAUUUUGUCUACAAUCAAAUCCUUAUUUUACCCCGUUGAUGUCCUUAAGAUAAUUAUAGCUGGCAAAAAAACUGUACUUGUUGUGGACAUAAUAAUCAAUAGUUGCAUGAUAAUUAUAGCAAGUUGCGCAACAUAAGCAUACAUUUCAUAACUUUUCUCUCUUUUUUGCCUAGUAAUGACCACAGCGGUUAAAACACCAGGAAAUCAUUCACGUGUGAACUUGUGGAUAAGAAAUUCACCAUGCAAACCCUUUUUUUGAUCUAACAUUCCAAAAUCAGAGCUCGUUCAGACUAUAAAUUAUAUAGAUAGUGUGCCUAAUUCAGUUGAGUAACGCUUGACACAGUCGAUCAUGUACUGGGCUGGCUUUGUUGGCUACAACAUACUACAGGCUAUACCAGUGCAUGUAUACGUACAUGUAUGACUGAGCUCAUAAUUGUGCCAUAAUUAUGUAUUAAAGACUUAGAGUGCUGCAGUUAGGUAGCUUUGAGUAGCUAGUUUUAGAUAGCUAGUGCAACUAUUCAGUUACACCCUGUUCUAUUAAACUUAGCUAGCUCGCAUAUAUGCAGCUGCUUGCUUGUUUUAAUUAUUCCGGACACUUCGCAUGCUCUAUAAAAAGCUGUUCCAAUUAUACCUGGACAAUUUCCAAAAUACUUAUUUUUUGCUGUCCGAUAAAUUAGAACAUAUUAUAGGGUAGUAGAAUCUACUUUGCAUCAAUGGACAUGCUCAGCUGAUAUUACUUGUGCGUAAAUUAAUGGGGAGCACCAUUCAAUUAAUGUUCGAUGUUGCAUUCAAAGUGAAUGAGUAACUAAGCAGUUAUUAAAACACAAGGGGCUGUUUAAGAGUAGUUCAUUCACUGUAAACUAAAAC